UGAUGGUGUGGCAUUGGAGCCGGAAGGAGAUAUGGAACUAUGGGGAUGGAGAUGGACGAUGAUGUUUGAACUGGUGGUGAUUGUAACAUUGGUUAUUGGGUUUGGUUUAGUUGUGGCAAUUGCUGUUGAAACCUUCAGAAGACGAUUCAACCAUGCUCAUCUCGAAGCUCACCCGAUUUUUGAAGACCCAAAUUCCUUCGAACAGGUUCAAUGCCCUUAUAUCAACGAUCCUGCAGAAAAGUACAUUUCGUUGAUUAUUCCUGCCUAUAAUGAAGAAUAUAGAUUACCUGCAGCUCUUGAUGAGGCACUGAAUUAUCUUCAACAACGUUCAAAAAAGGACGAAUCAUUUUCAUACGAGAUUAUAAUCAUUGAUGAUGGAAGUUCAGAUCGAACAAAAAGAAUAGCCUUUGAUUUUGUUAGGAAAAAUAAAGUAGACAAUGUCAGAGUUAUUCUUCAAAGAAAGAACCAGGGCAAAGGAGAAGCUAUAAGAAAAGGAAUGCUACAUUCAAGGGGAGAACUACUUCUUAUGUUGGAUGCUGAUGGAGCAACAAAAGUUGAUGACCUAGAAAAGCUUGAAAAUCAGAUCCUUGCAGUUGCCAAAACGAAAGGUCAGGUAGCUAGUGAUUCAAGUAAAGGAAUUGCAGAUAUCCCAAUUGUGGCAUUUGGUUCCCGUGCUCAUCUUGAAAAGAAAGCUCUAGCUACAAGGAAGUGGUACCGGAACUUUUUGAUGAAAGGCUUCCAUGUCAUCGUCCUCUUAGCUGCUGGUCGUGGAGUUCGUGAUACACAGUGUGGCUUUAAGAUGUUUAGUAGAGCUGCUGCAAGGAAGCUUUUCACCAAUAUACGUUUGAAGAGAUGGUGCUUCGACGUAGAGUUGGUGUACUUAUGUAAAUACUUCCAUAUCCCCAUACUUGAAAUAUCAGUAAACUGGUCUGAAAUCCCAGGAUCAAAGGUGAAUCCAUUAAGCAUUCUUAACAUGUUGUGGGAGCUGGCUCUCAUGUCUUUGGGUUAUCGAACUGGUAUCUGGAACAUAAGCAGUUAAGCAUCUUUGGUCAGCCGGAAAGAACCCUAAUGUUUACAUACAGUUACUGUACAAAGUUCUCAUGAACCAUGCUAGAACUUCAUGCUUUCCAUGUCCUGUUAGUUGCAAGAAAAACUCAAUCUACAGUCACUUAUGAAAGAUUUUGAAGGAGAGGUUGACUCCAUGAAUGCUUCAAAGCUUGGAGAAUCCAUCUAAGAUGUACUUCUUAACUCUUUUCUUUUCU